AUACUCACAUACAACGUUCUUUAAAACUGCAACGACAACAUAAAUUCUGAGUUCGACUCUUGUACAUAUGGUCGUUCCGGGAUAGCAACCAUCUCGCGAUCAUGUCGAACUCUAUUAAGGUUGUCUGUCGGUUCAGGCCGCAGAAUCGCAUUGAGAAUGAGCAGGGUGCUCAACCAGUUGUAAAAUUCGAGGCUGAUGAUACCUGCGCUCUUGAUUCAAAUGGAGCGGCUGGUUCUUUCACAUUCGAUCGUGUCUUUGGCAUGAGCUCACGGCAGAAAGAUAUUUUCGACUUCUCUAUCAAGCCCACUGUGGACGAUAUUCUUAACGGUUAUAAUGGAACGGUCUUUGCAUAUGGUCAAACAGGAGCGGGAAAGUCUUAUACUAUGAUGGGAACAAAUCUUGAAAAUGAUGAUGGCAGAGGUGUUAUUCCCAGAAUUGUGGAGCAAAUAUUCGCCAGCAUUCUGUCCAGUCCAGGUACGAUCGAAUAUACAGUGAGAGUCAGCUACAUGGAAAUCUAUAUGGAACGCAUUAGAGAUUUGCUACAGCCACAGAACGACAAUCUGCCAAUCCACGAAGAAAAGAAUAGAGGUGUUUACGUUAAAGGCUUAUUGGAGGUUUAUGUUUCAAGUGUUCAAGAAGUCUACGAAGUUUUGAAAAGAGGAGGGGAUGCAAGAGUGGUAGCUUCGACCAACAUGAACGCAGAGUCUUCUCGAUCACAUUCUAUAUUCGUUAUAACGAUCACACAAAAGAACGUUGAAACCGGGUCGGCAAAGAGCGGUCAACUUUUCUUGGUCGAUUUGGCUGGUAGUGAAAAGGUCGGAAAGACUGGUGCUAGUGGACAGACCUUGGAGGAGGCAAAGAAGAUCAACAAGAGUUUGAGUGCUCUUGGUAUGGUUAUCAACAAUCUGACAGACGGCAAAUCAUCGCACAUUCCUUAUCGAGACUCGAAACUUACCAGAAUUUUACAAGAGAGUUUAGGAGGAAAUAGUAGGACAACACUUAUUAUCAACUGCUCGCCUAGUAGUUACAAUGCCGAGGAAACCCUGAGUACUCUGAGAUUUGGUAUGCGAGCAAAGGCAAUCAAGAAUAAGGCCAAGGUCAAUGCAGAGCUCAGUCCAGCGGAACUCAAAGCCUUACUUAGGAAGGCUCAAUCUCAAGUCACUACCUUUGAAACCUAUGUUUCUACACUUGAGGGAGAAGUUCAACUAUGGCGUAAGGGCGAAUCUGUACCAAAGGAGCAAUGGGCACCCCCUCUCGCAGGCGUUAGUGGGACAAAAGCAGCAGCAGCCCAGGCACCCCGGCCAUCUACACCUUCACGUCUCGCAACAGAAAGUCGUGCAGAGACACCGGUGACAGAAAGGUCCGCUACUCCAGGUAUACCAAUAGACAAGGACGAGAGAGAAGAAUUUUUACGACGUGAAAAUGAACUUCAAGAUCAGAUAACGGAAAAGGAAACUCAAAUUGCGGCUGCAGAAAAGACCUUGCGAGAUACCAAAGAGGAACUCACUUACCUAAAGGAGCGGGACACCAAGGUCAACAAGGAUAACGAGAAACUUACUAGUGAAGCAAACGAAUUCAAGAUGCAACUUGAGCGAUUAGCAUUCGAGAGUAAAGAGGCACAAAUUACCAUGGAUAGUUUGAAAGAAGCCAACGCCGAACUGACCGCAGAGCUCGAUGAACUCAAACAGCAAUUGCUUAAUGUAAAAAUGAGCGCCAAAGAAUCGACUGCUGCCUUGGAUGAGAAGGAGAAGAGAAAGGCCGAAAAGAUGGCACAAAUGAUGGCUGGAUUUGAUCUCGGCGGAGAUGUUUUCAGUGAGAACGAAGCGACCAUCAAGAAGGUCAUUGAUCAAAUUGACUCUCUACAUGAGCAAAGUUCUGCCGGGGAAGCCAUUCCCCCUGAUGAGUUUGAAGAAUUGAAGGCGAAACUAGUCGAGACUCAGGGCAUUGUUCGACAGGCGGAACUUUCAAUGUUUGGUUCAUCAUCGAAUGAUGCCAAUGUAAAGCGCCGAGAAGAGUUAGAGCAACGUCUUCAGGUCCUCGAGCAAGAAUACGAAGACCUUCUCGAACGCAACUUAGGCGAAGGGGAUGUUGCUGAGAUCAAGAAGCGUCUCGAGAAAGCAUACUCCAACAAUCAAGAUAUCAAGGUCGAAUUAGUGGAAGACCUCAAGAAAGAGGUCGCUCAAAAGUCGGCUGAGAUUGAAAAGUUCAAGGCUGUGAAUGAAGACUUGCAACAAAGAGUCAAGUCAGGCAGCUCAUCCAAUGGUACAGCACCAGGCUCAGCUAGCGGCAAGACUGUUCAACAACAGAUCGCCGAAUUCGACGUGAUGAAGAAGAGUUUGAUGCGGGACUUGCAAAAUCGUUGUGAACGUGUUGUCGAACUAGAAAUCUCCCUCGAUGAGACUCGCGAACAAUAUAACAACGUUCUCCGUUCGUCUAACAACAGAGCCCAACAAAAGAAGAUGGCUUUCUUGGAGAGAAAUCUUGAACAAUUGACUCAUGUUCAGAGGCAAUUGGUUGAACAAAACGGCAGCUUGAAGAAAGAAGUUGCCAUUGCUGAGAGGAAGUUGAUUGCAAGGAAUGAACGGAUUCAGAGUUUGGAGAGUCUGUUACAAGAUUCGCAAGAGAAACUGACUACUGCCAGUCACAGAUUCGAAGCCCAACUUUCAGCGGUAAAAGAACGACUCGAAGCUGCCAAGGCAGGCAGUACCCGUGGACUAGGCUCACCUACGGGUGGAUUUAGCUUCGGUGGCGCCGGAAGCCGAAUUGCCAAACCACUGAGAGGAGGUGGUGGUGACGCGCAAAUUCCAAUUAUCGGAAACUUGCAAAACUCGGACACAGGAAGCACCGGGAACACAAAGAGGAGUUCAUGGUUUUUCUCGGGGCAGAAAUAAACGAAUAAGCCCUAGUGGAGAUUCAAGUAAAGAAGAUUUAUUGGAGCGGACUGGGGAGCUUAUGGUGUAAUUGGAUUUAGCCUGAGGAUAUUACCUAUUGUCGUGGAAUGAUUGAAUGAGAUAAGGGAGUUUGGUGGUGGUGGCAUUGCGAGAAAGAGUGAGGGGAGUUGGGGAAACGGAUAUAGAUACGGAGGGGCAGUGGAUGAAUAAAGAAAAGAAAGAAGUGACGAGCAACGAAGAUUAUAAAGAAUAGAUGAGACUUAUGUAUACCCACGCUUUCUUGUUUCAGUACUUUUAUUUUCUUGAUUGAUGGGAGCACGAAAUGUGAGGGAUCAAUUGAGUAAGCUUUUGAUAUUGGAUUGAAUGGGUAGGGGAAUGGAGAUAGCAACCGUUAGAAAUCCACGAAGCUAAAAAUGGACUCCGGAGACCUUUUCUUACCAACAUUUACAUUUUGAUAUCACUUCCCCAUUCUCUUGAAGAGGUCUCCGAUGCAGCAAUAUCAGAUAGGGAAUUGUUUGACGAGCAGAUGGCGG